AUGAACGACUUACCACAUAUGCCCACCCCACAACAGGCAUCGUAUCAACAACAGCAACAGCAUCAGCAACAACAUCAGCAACAAUACAGCAAUAGAAAGCACCCCAACAAUAGCAGCUCAAAAGUCAAUUAUAAGCCACCUCCACAGCAAAGGCACGCUAGCCAGCAACCAAAUGCUUCUUAUCAAUCACAGCAAUAUUACCAGCUGCCUCCACCAAAUGACUACUAUCGUCAACAACAAAGCACUGGAUUUCCUCCACAACAACUGUACCUGCAGCCACCAGUCUACCAAAUGCCGCCGCCGCCGCCACAGCCACAGCCACAGCCACAACAACAACAACAACCUCCACCACCACCACCACCGCAACAUAUUCCUCAGCAAUACAGUCUGCCCCAGCCCGUGUAUCAAAGUCAUGCACAACCAGUCCACCCACAACAGUACCAAACUACGGCACCACCACUAGUGCCUCCACAGCAACAACAGUAUCUGCCGCAACACGUUUACCACUCACAACCAAUGGGGAUCCCCUCUCCUCAACAAUCACACCAACAACCACCAAAUCAAUACGAGUCUUAUCAGACAAAUGGUAAUGGUAAUAGCAGCGGUGGUGGCAGUGGAUCAGUUGGCAAAAAGCCUCCACCCUCGACAUCACUGCCUCCACGCCAACAAAGACCGCUGAAUAAGUCAAAAGAGUCUUUACAAGAGAAACAAUUGUCUUCGAAGCAAAAGUUGGAACUCGAAUUGAGGAGUGUUUUUGAAAAAGUGGAUGUCAACAAAUCGGGCAGAAUAUCAGCUAAAGAAUUGUCAUACGCAUUGUUGAAUUUCGACCAUACCAGAUUUCAAGACUCGACAAUCAAGUUAAUGAUGAGCUUGUUCACUAAUAAGGGUGAUGCAUCGUCAUCUUCUUCCUCAUACAGUUCUAACAAGUCGCUAAAUUUUGACCAGUUUGUAUCAUUGUGGAAGUACUUGUCAGCAUACAAAAAGCUAUUUAUACAAGCAGACACCGAUAAAUCUGGCGAUGUAUCAUUUGGAGAAUUUCAGAAAAUUAUCGAGCAGAUUGGAUAUAAGUUGGAUAUUGACUUGGUACUACAUUUGUUUUCUAAAUAUAGUUUAAAAGAUAAUGGGGAGAUUGGUCGAUUGAGAUUUGAUUCCUUUAUUGAGUUGUUGGUUUAUUUAAGAAAGUUGACCGAUAUAUUCAAAAAGUAUGAUAAGGACUUGUCUGGAACGGCAACAAUUGGGUUUUCGGAUUUUUUGUUUGAAGUGAGUAACAUGACAUAA